GCAUGCUCAUAGCAUACCGGUGCAACAUGGCGUCGAAGACGAAAUUGGAAGAUUUGAAUGUCUCCCAAGACGAAUUGAAACGAAUAGGUGACGCUUUGAAAGAUGAAAACUUUCGAAAACUUUUUCUUGAGUAUGCUCAAGAGAUUUCUGAUCCAGAAAACAGGCGUCUGUACGAGCAAGAGAUAUCUCAAAUGGAAAAUGAGCGUGGGAUGGAUGUGCAGUUUAUCCAUCCGAAACCUGGACAUGUUUUGGAAACAAGUGUGAAUGGUAUUACCAAAGCAUUCAUUAAUAUUUGUCAUAAUGAAAAACUUGCAAAGCCAACAAACACACGACAGGUGGGUCCGAAUGGUAAAAGUGGUGUCAUGUGGCAGAUCCCUCACUCAUUGUCUCCUCCUCGUGACGACCAAGAUAAUGGAGAAAAAUGUCAAGUUUUUGAUGCCGUUUUCCACCCUGAUACGUAUAGAAUGUCGGAAACCAAUGACCGGUUUCUCAAACUUGUACAUGAUACUGCUAUUGAUGCCAUUGAAAAGCAAUUCGAUGUGAAACUUGACAGGAAGAAUAUCAAGAAAACUAAAAUGGAUUUCAAAGGCAUUCCCCAGGCUUCAGUAAUUAGGACGAGACAAGGAAAUGGUAAGAGAAUGAGCAAUGACAACAGUGAAGCAGCUGACAUUCUGAAAAAUAUGCCAUAUCCAUAUGAAGACAAAACAACAGCAGAAAAAAUGAAGGAAAGAGAAUCUGAAAUUGCCAAACGAGAAGAAGAGGCAAAGAAAAAAGAAGCCAAAACAAAGAAAUCUAAAGCAAAAACAGAGACCAAAGUCACUACACCAGAGUACACAAUAACCCAUAGAUCUGACAUGGACCUGCAAGAGUACCGCAAUGCUCCUGAUGCUCGCACUUCAACUCGCCCGAAAGAUUUAGUCGUGAAAGUCUUCCUGCCACUUCUGCCAUCUGCAGGAAAUGUUGACCUUGACAUCUUUGAGCAAAGAUUGACAGUAGAAUCCAAAACACCAGCAGCCUAUAAACUAGACAUCAAGCUUCCUUUUAAUGUCAAUGACGAUGAAGGAACUGCCAAGUAUGACAAGUCAAAGAGAUGCUUGACAAUAACUCUUCCCGUCGUCCCUUUGGAAACUCCAAAGCUACCAUCUUUCAUUGAAGAUGAGAAACGGAUAAAUGGAGAUGCACAUGACACCAGCGAAAUCGAAGCUUCUGAUACACCAAAAAUUGAGGUCUUGUCAUCUCUUGAAACCAAGGCUGACAAACCAGAUGAAACUGCUGUACAUGGUGUGCAGGAAUCUAAUCAAACUUCUGAAAAAUCCACCUAUUCGCCAUCUCAGUCCACUGCAUUUUCAUUACCCGAUUACACAUACAAUCAAGACCAUGAAACCAUCUCAUUUAUAUUCAACGUCAGAAAUAUAUCAGGAGAGACAAUCACAAAUUCCUUCCCAGACUCCAACAGCAUUAGGAUCAGUUUUGUUUCUCUUGGUUCAGGCUGUUUCCCUAUGUACUAUUCUACAUAUUUGAAGUUUGAUCCAUCAUGCAAGCUUGCUAGUGACCAUUGCACCACUGACCUUUCUGAUAUGAACCUGGUGCUUGUUCUCCUGAAGGACAAAUCCAGUCGAGGGAUGUGGGACAGAUUUGAAGCAGGAGUCGAUUCUGCACAUCUUGAGGAGAAGCUGUUGCUGACGGAUGUGAGUCUCCAGAGGCAACUGACAGAGCUAGACGAGGAGGCCGAGGAACUAGAAGAAGCCCAGAGACAUCCUGGACACAGUCCCUUCCUUCAAGUGACAGAGAUGAAGGAUAAGAAACUUACCAUUAACAUCAGGGCUCCGCUUCAAGAUGAAGAAGACAAUGAGUACGACCCACCAUCUUCAGCAGAUAUAGAGGUGGUCCACAAGAAAGCGCUUCCCAAACUACACAGCAUUCUGAAACAGAGGACUUUAUCCGAGUCCAGUGAUGAUCAUCUUUGCAGCGGGGCAGAGUCGCGCAGCAGUGAGGCGUCGCGCAGUGGGGGAGAGUCUCCUCGGUCUGGACAAGAGGACAGUCCACUUGAGGGCUGCUGUAAGAAGUCUGUCACCUUCAACAGUCACAUCGACAGUGCCACGUACAAGAAGAACACCGCCCCAACCAGCAUGAAGACUGCUCUGAGGAGUAAGCGAAGGCGUGCCAGGAAGAAGGAGGAGAAGAAGGUUAAUGGAAGAAGACGCAGAAACAGUGGUUCUGAGGGAAGCAGUGGGGAGGAACUGAGUCACGACUCUCACUCCCCUGCGGAGGACAAGGAGGAAGAUGAUCACUUUGAGCAGAUUGCUGAGGAGGAUGAAGGAGAGAAGGUGGAAGGCAAGAAGGGAAGAAAAGUGGAUGCUAAAGGAGCAAGGGAGGGAAGUGUGAAGGCUGAAAAAGAUAAUAAAGAUUUUAGGACUAGUGCCACUGAUGCUGGCAGUGAGAUGAGUGUGUGUGAGAAGAAGAAGAAAAUGGUGGCGGCGAUCAAGACCAAUGUGGCAGCAUGUUAUAAUUCCCAGGCAGCUGAUAGUGAUGAUGAUGGAAAUGAUGAUGAUGAGAGGACUUGCACAGAGGUUGCUCCUUGUGUGAAUGAUGUGUACGAGAAGAAUGAGAAUCAGGCAGCUUGUGAGGAUGUGAAAGAUGCUUCAAAAAGCUUCAACUUGUCAUGCAUGGAAGGUGGGGAGGGUGAUAAUGUUGUCUCAGCCAGCAACAUUUCUGGCCCUGAGGAUCUCAGAAAAGCAGCUGAAGCUCAGGAUUCCUCUGUCAUAAAAGUACAAGCAGAGAACAUUGAUAUUGAGUCAGGAAAGUGCAACGAAUCUGAGAAGAUCAAGGUACCAUUGAUACAGAAUGGGGAAGAAUGUAACAAGGGAGACAACUCCAGCAAUCCAGGCAACAGUGAGAUCGAGACAGUUCUCAGCUGGGAGGAGCAUGGCACUGGCUUGGAUCCUAGUGACCACAAGACACAAUGUGCCUUCAGCUUCAGCAACUCUGUGAUUUACGACCUUGAUGUCGAUUAAAGAUUUCUGCUACUUUCAUGGUGGCAAUACAUAUAGUAACACUGAAGUUGUUACAUAUUUGGGGAAUUCUUUAUUUUUUAUAGAUUUUGGGAAACAAAGCAUUAUAAUGGCAUUUGGGAACUGAUUAAACAAGAAUUAAAAUAAAUGUAAAUAACUGCAUUUACUUGUGUAAUUACUAGCAUUUAGUAUGUGUUUUUGUUUGUUUUUUUCUAACAAAAAUCUUCUUAAUAGGAUAAUGUUUUUGUUAUGUUGUUGAUGUGAUAGCUUCUUGAAUUAGGGCAAUAAUACCAUAUUAUGAGUAUGAAUUUUGUAUUUUUGAAAGUACCACAUCCCAGAAUGUGAUAGUUCAGUUUUCACUGAAUCUGCCUGAUUGGUGCAUGACCACAGUUUUUGUGGUAAGAUGUUUACAUAUGCUUGCAUUGAAUUGUUUGUCAAAUGAUACAUGGUGAUGAAAAAACUGCAUAUUUCUCCCCUAAAAUCACAGGAGUUUUGAAAAACUAUUUUGAUGAGAUAGAAACAUGAUAAUAUUAGGUACAUAAUUUUUGGCUAUGAUUAUUCUGAUGAAAAUAUAUUUUCUGUACAGAUUCAUAGAUUGUACUAUAUUCUGUAAGAAGUUUCUAAAACAUUUAAACAGAAUUUUCUGACUGUAUCUUUAGUAUCAAAGUAACAGUUCAGGUGCUUGUCUUGUCAAUAUUCAAUGUUAUUUUUGAAUAAUCCUUGUAAGAUUAACUUUUAUUUUACUAUCAACCAUUCAUGAAUAUUCUAUUACAUGCAUUGAUUAUUGUUUAGUUUAGAUAAUCUGUUUGCUGAAAUAAUAUCAUUCCAUUUCAAAUGUAAAGUAUUGUUAAUUUUUGUUUCCCCUGACUUGACAUGAACAAGACAAUUUUGUCAGUUGUCGCCCAACGCUCACAUCACAUAUAAGUGAUUCCUACAGAUUUAGGUGAGAUUUUCAGAGUGUCCUCACUUUUACAGUCACUCUGAUCCAUGCUCUCACUUGUGAAAGGUCACCAGAUCACUGCGGCACGACAUAUUAGUCUAUUUUAUAUGAUACUUAGAUUUUGAAAAGGUGUGUGUGCUGUGUUGACAGGUAAGGUGUCUGAAAAAAGGUGGCUGCAUACUCCCUGCCGGCUCCCCCCAGGAUCUGCCAGUGCAUCAGUAGUGUUACUUUAGGUGCUUUCAUCAAAUUUCGUUUAUCACUGUUUGUGUAUAAUGUGAUUGAUAGAGCUUGAAUUUAGAACUUAGACACUCAUUGCAUUACUGACUUUUUGGCCAAGAUUGUCAAAAAGAUUUGAUUAUAUCAGGAAGUAUGUUGUGCUUGAUGUGUAUAUUAAGGGAUGCAUGCUUGCAUCAUGUGCACUAUGUUUUUCUUCUUGAGAAAUCCAAACUUGCUUCACUGAUGAUAAAAUACCUGUUGUAUCAAUGUGAUUAAUCACACAAUUGAACAUGUUUUAUGAACUUAAUUGAUGAGCAGCUUGAGUGAACGAUUUAUCUGACAAUCCUGAAUUCUAUCAGAAGCAGUUAACCAUUUGACAUUGACUUUGUUUGGAAUCGUGAUUUCUGACAAUCGGUCUAAAAAAACAUUUGUCAUGUUUAUACAUAUUUUGUAGUGAUGUUUCAUUUCCAUUUUGUAUUAGAAACUUGCCAAAACAGUUGGUCAUCACUUGUUAACAUUUGUUAUUUUGUAUUUCACACUUUGUAUUUGUGUAUGUGAUAAUUUGUAUACAAUAUGUUUGUUGAUUGAGCAGAGUUGAGUGGCAUGCUUCGAUUAGAGCAAGAGAUGGGUGGACAUUGGAUGCAUGGAUUGGGAAUAUCGAUUGAAAAUAAAUUCCUGGACAAACA